ACUUUGUUUACGUUAUGCCGUCUCCCGGGCGCACUUCCUGUGGUGUAGUAAGUCGCAGCAAUGGCGGGUAGGAGCACGACCCACGCAAGACUUCUGGCAAAACAUCGGGCAGCGAUCGCACAGGACUUGGACGUCGCUAAAAUCCUUCCCUCCCUAGUCUACACAGGAGUGUUCAGCCUUGUGGAGGAAGGCGAGAUCCUAAGCGAGAGAACGAGACAGCUGCAGACGGAGGUAUUUGUGGACUUGCUCUCGAGGAAAGGUCCCGCGGCGUUUCAGGAAUUUUGCUCGGCGUUAGAGGACAGCUUUCCGCACCUGCUGACGUGCUUUCUCCUCGACAACCCCGAUGUGACAUCAGAAGCAGAAGAAGAGAAGUCUCCGUCCAAAGCGCUACAGCUGGGCUUCGAGCUAGCACUAAAGGAACGCGAUGCGGUGCUACGAGAGAACGCGCUCGCGCUGAAAGAGCGAGACACGGCGAUGAAGCAGUACCAGGAGAUGAAACACGAGAGAGACCGCGCGCUGGCCAGUCUAGAGAGUCUGACCACCAAACAGGGCCAGGGACUCACACACAGGUUUGGUGGGUCGCAAGGUUUACAAGGGUCACCCGGAGAGAGACAAACAAGAACACGGAGGGAAAGGCGCAGAGGCAAGGACGAGACUGAAGCAAGAGAGCAAGUGGUUUGGGAACAGUUGAGCUUUACAAUCAAUAGGGCACCAGGGUAUGGUUUUGGUAUAGCGGUGAGUGGAGGCAGAGACAACCCACAUUUCACGAGUGGGGAAACCUCCAUCGUCAUCUCAGAUGUUUUACCAGGAGGGCCUGCAGAGGGGCUACUGAAAGUGAAUGACCGAGUGGUGAGUGUGAACAGAGCAUCUCUGGACCACGUGGACCACAGCCAGGCUGUCAACAUACUGAAGGACAGCAGAGACAGCGCCGUUAUUGUCGUGAAGAGAAGGAAUGUGGUAACCGUGCCAGGGACUCCAGAUGACAGACUACAGACCAAGAAAGUCACCCUCACCAGAACCAAGAAAAAGGAAGACUAUGGUAUGAAACUAGGCUACCACCUGUAUGUGAAGGAAGUAACAGAGAAAGGACUCGCAGCACAGUCAGGACAGCUGGGGGAAGGAGACUUGCUAGUCAAGAUCAACAAUUCGCUAGUUGAGAACUUGUCCUUCACAGACGCGAAGAAGCUAGUAGAGAAGUCCAAGGACAAGUUGAUCCUGACGGUGCAGUCAGAGGGGGACUCCCCCCCAGCCUCCCCCCUCCAGGGCAGCCAGCUGUCCUUACCCAGGGACAGGGGGCCGUAUGACUCCAGCCCAGACCGUGCAGCUACCCUCCCCCUCAGCGCCAAAUCCCCCCUGCAGCCAGACCCCAUGGACCCUCCACAGUCCCCCUACUCAGAUGACAAGUACAGAAGAACGUCUCCGUACGCAGACGAGGCCCCGCCGCGACCGCCGCUACCCAGGAUGGACACACCGCUAACUGAUAACGGCCAUUAUGGUGAUCCUACAUCCACAGGCAGUCGAGACAAGUUACAUGAUGCUGUAUAUGGGAAGAAGUGGAGACAGCCUCCCUUUUACUCUGAGCCCCGGUUAGUGAAGUUCCAGAAGCAGGGAGCAGUCGGGAUCCGUCUGGCUGGAGGGAACGAAGUGGGUAUUUAUGUGGCUGCUGUUCAGGAGGACAGCGCAGCGUACCAGCAAGGUCUGCAGACAGGAGACCAGCUGCUCAGUGUGAAUGAGAUAGACAUGCGAGCGAUGACACGUGAGGAGGCUGUCCUGUUGUUACUCAGCCUUCAGGAUGAGAUCAGGAUAGUGGCCCAGGACAGGAAAGACAAGUAUGACAAAAUCCUUGAGAUGGGCUCUGGAGAUUCGUUCUAUAUUAGGACACACUUUAACUAUGAGAAGCAGGGUAAAGAAGAGCUGAGCUUUAAGAAGGGAGACAUCUUCCACAUCAGAGACACGCUGCACCAGGGUGUGGUCGGGUCAUGGCUGGCAGUGCGCAUCGGCAAGAACAACCUGGAGACAGAGAGGGGUGUCAUUCCUAACAAAAACAGGGCAGAGCAGCUGGCACAUGUUCAGAACUCGGACACGAAGGAAGCGCAGGGCGGCAAGCGGUCGGGAUUUUUCCGCCGGCGAAGCUACCGCCGCUCCAAGUCCUUGAACAAAGAACACUGGGAUGAUAUAGUGUUUGCUGGUCCAACUACAAAGUUCCCUGCAUAUGAGAGGGUAGUGCUAAAAGAACCGGGAUUUCCGAGGCCUGUUGUUGUCUUUGGACCGAUUGCUGACGUCACGCGGGACCGACUGUUGAGGGAGAUGCCAGACAAACUAGACUCCGCCCAAAGUAUAAAGAAAGACAAGGAGGCCAAAGGUGGAGCAUCCACCAUUAUAAAGCUGAAUGCCAUCAGAGAUGUAGUAGAAAAGGGUAAACACUGUGUGCUGGACAUCACUCCUAACGCAGUAGACAGACUGAACUACGCGCAACUAUACCCGAUAGUCAUCUUCCUCCAACCAGACAACAAGCAAACCGUCAAGGACCUCCGCUCACGGAUCGCGAAGGGAUCCAACAAGAGUUCACGCAAACUCUUCGAACAGGCCAUGAAGUUAAAGCAGGGGUAUUCUCACCUGUUCACAGCUGUGGUUCAUCUGUCCAAUAACGAUGCCUGGUACAGCAAGGUGAAGGACAUCAUCCGUAAACAGCAGUCACAACCUGUCUGGAUGUCUGAAAACAAGAUGGAAGACAAUGUAGAAGAUGACUUCCUGUUCCCCAUGUCGGCACGUUUCUCAUAUGCGUCUUCGUCAGAAGGAAACCUGGCCGCGGCGGUGGACAGUACGAGUCGUCCUGUCAGUAUGUUCAACAGUGGGUCUGAAACAUGGGCAGACACCGGGUCGGGACGGAUGGGUCGGUCCACAUCAGACCCCAGUCUGACCGUAGAUGGACAGCCUCCACAGACAGGGCCAGGGUACGCUCCACACCCAACACGGCAACUCUCAUCCGAUAGACAUGGCAACUAUUCUCAGUUCCCCCCGGAGAAGGCACCAAGAAGCAGGGACAACUCCUGGUCAGCGAGGCCCCCUGCUGACAGCAGCAGGCAUGACAGCCACGGUCCUUACUACAACGCCUACGGGCAUCCACAAGGGGACAACAUGUCAGGGCACAACAGCUUUCCACGGGAGAACAAUCGACAUCCGCGUUCCUUCUCCAGUAUCGAGCCUUACGCCACGCUGCCGCCAGACAGCGAUCGGUACCGAGACUACGGUCAGCACAACGACAGCUGGGGCACCAGGAAGAAAGAUCCAUCGUAUCCAACAGGCUACGGGAACUACGACAAUUAUCCACGGAAGGAGGAGAGGGGAUUUCCAACUGACCAGGGGCACAGGACCAAUGGGUACAGUCCACGGGACACAGGGGAAGGUGGUCCAAAGACCCAGCCCCCGCCCUAUGACAGACACGUACAUCGAGCUCCGCAAGUGUUGUCCGCUUCUCGAGAAUAUCUGGCUCCUCAGGAUCGCAACAACCAGUCCCCGAAGUCAGCGUUCGGUCAACCGUCCUCCUACGACAGACGUACCUUACCCAUGUCUCCCUCGCGAGACCGUCCGGGAGGCUACGAUCCCUACAAGUUCACUCGCAUGACCGCGCACUCGCUGUCGCGCGGUAGCAAGACUAGUCUCACCGGCGGUAAUAACACACACAGCACGAACUCUAUCCAGCGCCCAACCCCCACGUAUCCCAAGAUGCCACUGUCCAACGGCCCCACGAUGGACUCCCGUCGCGGGAACUACUCCCCGCUGUCCAAGACGAAAUCGGAGCCGCACAUUUCUCACUCGGACUCGGCCGUGUCGAGCAGCGACGUGGUGCAAUCGUCCGUCUACCCGACCAAGACCCUCCCCGUCAUCGAGAGACUGGACACGGGCGACGACAGCAUGGUGUCAGACACCGGGUCCAACCAAUCGGAGAACAGGAGGGACAACGGCGCGGACUCCGCGCGACUGCAGAUGACGCCUGAGAGAGAAAGGGACGUGUAUAACCGCAGCUCGUACCGCGACGGGCUGAAGCCGGCGGUGUACUCCGCCAUGGAGUUCAGGAGGAGAACUCUGGAUGACCUGAGAAUUCCCAAGACUCAGCUGGACCACGUGCCCACCUCGGACUCCGUGGUGACAUCAUCGUCUGGUGACCAUCCAAAGGUGGACCAUGCCAGUGAACUAGAACCAGACGAGAACCACACAGUCAUAGCGACAGCACGCGGCAUGUUUGACUCCAACGGAGGCGUGCUGUCCAACGCUGAGACGGGCGUCAGCAUCAUUAUUCCCAAGGGAGCGAUUCCAGAAGGCACCAAACAGGAGAUCUACUUCAAAGUGUGUCGAGACAACAACAUCCUGCCGCCACUGGACAAGGAUAAAGGUGAGACCCUGCUGAGUCCGUUAGUGAUGUGUGGUCCCCACGGACUGAAGUUCCUGCAGCCCGUCGAGCUGCGUCUGCCUCACUGUGCCUCCAUGACUCCUGACGGCUGGUCAUUCGCUCUCAAGUCCAGCGAUACCUCCACAGGCCAGCCCACACAAUGGCAAAACAUGACUCUCCCUGGGAUGAACAACAACUCGCAGUGCCAGGUCGGCGCCAGCAGUGUCUCCGUAUUGGUCGACCACUUCUCAUGGUUUGCUCUGAUUGGCUGGCCCAGGUUCCACCGUUACGACCACACAGGGUCCAUGGGCGGAGUCAUCACUACAAACAUCUACUGAAAAUGAUUGACAGCUCAGUGGGAGUUGUCAUAGCAACAGACAUCCACUGAGAAUGAUUGACAGCUCAGUGGGGGUUGUCAUGGCAACAGACAUCUACUGAGAAUGAUUGACAGCUCAGUGGGAGUUGUCAUAGCAACAAACAUCUACUGAGAAUGAUUGACAGCUCAGUGGGAGUUGUCAUAGCAACAAACAUCUACUGAGAAUGAUUGACAGCUCAGUGGGAGUUGUCAUAGCAACAGAAAUCUACUGAGAAUGAUUGACAGCUCAUCACAACAGACACUGGAUUCUGAUUGGCAGUUGUGUGGGGGAGGAGUUACAGCAACUGAUACCCUAUCAUUGACAGGAUAUGUGUGUGGACUGGACCAAAUGUGUCCCCAUUGGUGCCCUUAGCCCUGAUAUAGAGGACUGAUUUUAUCCCUUUUAUGCAGUUUUAGUCUUCUUUUUCCUUACAUGACUGUAAUACAUUGUACGAAGAUACCCCACGUGUCAUUUAUAAAGGGCUGAGAUCAGAAUGUGAGAAGUACCGAAAAACAAUGUGGAAAUCCUCAGUAAAAGAUUUUGGGAAGACAUACUGUUCACAACAAUGCCUGGACUCCAUGUAAAGCAUCUUUGAUUUCAUUAUGCAAAAGUUUGUCCCCAGAAAAAAAGUGCCUUUUUCCAUUUUCUUAAUAUCCAGGAUAUACAAAAGGCAGCUAGCAUAAGAGCCAACUU